CCCGCUAUUACACUUGCUCCCCCCCGCCAGGCCCAUUGACACUUGGGGUACUAGAUCCUCAUGCUGUGUGGGAUUCUUGCCAUUACCCCCCCGAGAUACAAGCCCCGCCCCCCCCCGUGCCUGAUGCCUGCCUCUCUUGCAGAUUUGGGGCGCGGGCCCCAGCGCCUCAUGCGCGCUGGCAUCACCCUGAUCGUCCUGGGCCACGUGAACUUCAUCCUGGGUGCCAUCGUGCACGGCACGGUCCUGCGCCACGUGGCCAACCCUGAGCGCACGGUCACCUCCGAGUACACAACCGCCAACGUCAUCUCCGUCGGCUCCGGGCUGCUGAGCAUCACUGCUGGGAUUGUGGCCAUCUUGGUGUCCCGGAACCUCCUCAAGGCAGCCCUGCACUGGGCCUUGCUGUGCGUCUCGCUGCUGAACUGCCUGCUCUCUGCUGCCUGCAGCCUGGGCUUGGCCCUGGCCAUCUCCCUCACCAUCGCCAGCAGGGGGCACCGCCUGAUCGUAGGAUGCAACAGCUCCGCCCUUCCAGCUGAUGCCCGGGCUGCCAUCGCCACCAACGACUGCCCCUUCGACACCACCCGCAUCUACGACACGGCGCUAGCGCUCUGGUUCCCCUCCAUGGUGAUGGCUGUGGUGGAGGCUGCGCUUUCCGGCAGGUGCUGUGUGGUGUCCCUGAUUCUCCGUGGCAUCGGUCCCUGUGCAGACACCUACAUCCGCCAGCAGCUGGAGCAAGAGACGGCGACAAAGGAGGUGGCAUGUGAGGACCGGCACAGGCAAGAGCUGUGCCAGCUGCUGGCUGUGGAGGACGGGGCCAGGACCUAGUGGCAGAGGUGCUGCUCCAGGAACCCCCAGGCCACAUCAGCCGGGAGUGGGGGGGUGAAGUGCGCAUCAUGCUGUUGCUGCCCCAUGGAAGAGGCAGGGGCCAGGGCCAGGAGGGAGGGGGGAGCUGCCCCACCCUGCAGACUUUUCCUUGGGGAGCAGGCUCCUUUCUGGUGUGACAGGUUCCUGUUGGUAUCAGGGCUCCCGUGGCGGUCCCCCUCGUGCCCGGAGUGUGCCAGUCCUGCUGCCAGCCCUCCCGGGGCUCUGCUCACCAUGCUGUGCUGAGCUCCUACCCCCAUCUGGCCAUGGGGGAAGGGAGCCCCCCCAAGACUCCAGUGGGUAGCGGUAGAAGCAGCCUGAGCAGGGACAUCUGGACAGCCAGUGACCUCCCUGCAAGUGGGACUGGCCUUUCUCAGCUCCCCUCUCUCCAGCUCUUCCCCUCACUCCACACCUGCCCCUUGGCUCACCCCCUCCUCCCAUUCCCACACCCAGCCAUGGCAUGAGCCGGCCCUCACCCCGGCCCGCUGUGGGUGUGCCAGGCCCUGCCAAAUCUGCAGCACUGGGACAGGCCAUGGCUCUGGGGCUAGGGCUUGGCUGGCCCUCAGGCACCAGCCAAAUAAACAUUGUUCAUAAACCCUCAAUGGUUUGGGACCUGGUUCCGCAAGCGACUCCCCAAGCCUGGAUGAGCCAGCUGCAAGCGAGAGCUCGGCGGGGUACAGCCCUUUGCAACUAGCC